GAUUCUGUCGAUUACAUGUUGAUGAUCGCUGGUACGCUUGGUGCCAUUGGUAAUGGAAUCUGCAUGCCACUUAUGAAUGUUCUUAUGGGCGAGCUUAUUGAUUCUUUUGGUGAGAAUCAAAAUAGCAAAAAUAUAGUCCAUCUUGUUUCCAAGGUAUCCGUUAAAUUCGUUUACUUGGCUAUUGGAGCGGGAAUUGCAUCAUUCCUCCAGGUUGCAAUGUGGAUGAUUACCGGAGAACGACAAUCAGCAAGAAUAAGGAAUCUUUAUUUGAAGACCAUAUUGGGACAAGAUGUCUCCUACUUCGACACGGAAGCAAAUACAGGAGAAGUUGUUGGCAGGAUGUCUGGUGAUACCGUCCUCAUACAAAAUGCCAUGGGAGAGAAGGUUGGAAAAUUCAUACAGCUAGUGUCACUAUUUGUGGGAGGUUUUAUGGUAGCAUUCAUCAAGGGAUGGCUUCUUACGCUUGUAUUGUUGACUUCACUUCCUCUAUUGGUGAUUUCUAGUGGAGUUAUGUCAGGAACCAUAUCCAAGAUGGCCGCUCGGAGCCAAAAUGCAUAUGCUGAAGCAGCCAGUAUAGUCCAACAGACGGUUGGCUCAAUCAGGAUGGUGGCUUCUUAUACAGGGGAGAAAAAAGCCAUUGCAGAUUACAAUAAUUCCCUUAUAGCUGCUUACAAGUGUGGUGUUAACCAAGGUCUAGCUGCUGGCCUUGGUCUUGGAUCGAUGGUAUUCAUCGUAGAGUGUAGCUAUGCUUUUGCUGUUUGGUACGGUGUAAAACUGAUACUGGAAAGAGGGUACACAGGAGGGAAUGUGGCUAACAUCAUAUUCUGUGUAAUGACUGCAUCCAUGUCUCUUGGGUAUACGUCUCCAUGUUUGAGUACCUUUGCUGCAGGUCAGGCGGCAGCAUUCAAGAUGUUUGAAACUAUAAACAGAAAGCCAGCAAUAGACGUGUAUGACACAAGGGGGCAAGUGUUAAGUGAUAUACGUGGUGAUAUAGAAUUUAAAGAGGUGUAUUUUAGUUAUCCGGCAAGACCAACUGAGGAAAUACUUAGCGGGUUUUCUCUAUUAGUCCCCAGUGGCACGACUGCAGCUUUGGUUGGGCAAAGUGGAAGCGGAAAGUCAACAGUGAUCAGCCUAAUAGAAAGAUUUUACGACCCUCAAGAAGGGCAAGUUAUUAUUGAUAAUCUUAAUCUUAAAGAGUUUCAACUAAAAUGGAUUAGGGAAAAAAUUGGUCUUGUUAGUCAAGAACCAGUCCUUUUUGCAACCAGCAUUAAGGAUAAUAUUAUGUAUGGGAAAGAAAGUGCAUCUAUGGAUGAGAUUAGAGUUGCAUUAGAACUUGCAAAUGCUGCUAGAUUUAUCCAUCAACUGCCUCAGGGACUCGACACCAUGGUUGGUGAGCAUGGAACACUACUCUCUGGUGGUCAGAAGCAAAGAAUUGCUAUAGCCAGAGCCAUUCUUAAAGAUCCCCGAAUCCUUCUUUUGGACGAAGCAACAAGUGCACUUGAUGCAGAAUCUGAGAGAGUUGUACAAGAGGCUUUAGAUAGGAUAAUGGUGAAUCGAACAGCCAUCAUUGUUUCACAUCGACUAAGCACAGUCCGAAAUGUUGAUAUGAUUGUAGUCAUUCGUCAGGGCAAAAUUGUGGCCAAAGGAUCACAUUCGCAACUACUCCAAGAUCUCGAAGGACCAUAUGCUCAACUUACAAAACCACAAGAGAUUAAUAGUGAUUCAAGGCAACAUGGGUCAGAUGAGCAAGAUGUAUCAGAAACUUAUGCCAAACUGCAGAGUCAAGAGACAUCUCACCAGCCAUUAACAAGCAUAGAAAACAGUAGUUUCCACUCGGUACCGAUCUCACUGGAAAAACCUCCAAAAGUCCCCCUUCUUUGUCUAGUCUAUCUCAACAAGCCAGAGAUACCUGUGCUCAUAAUGGGUGCAACAGCUGCUACUAUUAAUGGAGCAGUCCAACCAGUUGUUGGCAUACUGGUUUCCAGCAUGAUUAAGACGUUUUAUGAACCGCCGGAUAAAAUGAAAACAGACUCCAAAUUCUGGGCUUUGAUGUUCGUAAUUGUGGCAGUGGUAAUAUUUUUGUGUUUAUUUGGAAGAUCCUAUUUUUUCUCUGUUGCUGGUUGUAAACUAAUAAAGAGGAUGAGAUCGUUAUGCUUUGAAAAGGUGGUUAAUAUGGAGGUAGGUUGGUUCGAUAAGCAGGAGAACUCGAGUGGAGUCAUAGGUGCACGGCUGUCAACUGAUGCAGCCAAUGUUCGUGGUUUGGUUGGUGAUGCGCUUGCUCAGCUUGUUCAGGAUGCAUCAUCGGUUGUCACUGGCUUAGCUAUCGCUUUUGCAGCAUGUUGGCAGUUGGCUUUUAUUGUACUUGCCCUCAUUCCUUUAUUAUUAGCUAACGAAUUCGUUCAGAUUAAAUUCACUAGAGGAUUUAGUUCUGAUGCUAAGUUGAUGUAUGAGGAAGCAAGUCAGGUUGCGAGUGAUGCAGUUGGAAGCAUAAGAACGGUGACUUCUUUUUGUGCUCAAGAUAAAGUGAUGCAACUUUACGAAAACAAAUGUGACGUUCCCAACAAAAAGGGCAUCCAGCAAGGUUUGAUCUGUGGUACUGGGUUUGGACUUUCGCUUUUCUCCUUUUAUUGUGUGUAUGCAGCCAGUUUUUAUGCUGGAGCCUGGCUUGUCAAGGCUGAGAAGACUAGAUUCUCGGAUGUAUUCAGGGUAUUCUAUGCUUUGACCAUGACAGCUAUAGCAGUCUCUAGAUCAAGUUCUUUUGCCCCAGAUACAAGCAAAGCGGCUAGUUCUGCUGUUUCAGUUUUUUCCAUUCUUGAUAGCAAGUCUGAGAUAGACCCAAGUGAUGAAUCUGGGAUGACAUUAGACACUGUGAAGGGGGAAAUUGAACUUCAUCACAUUACUUUCAAAUAUCCAACUAGACCUGAUGUUGAGAUACUCCGUGAUCUAUGCUUAACCAUCCAUAGUGGCAAGACAGUGGCAUUGGUUGGAGAAAGUGGAAGUGGGAAGUCGACGGUUAUAUCACUCCUACAACGAUUUUACAAUCCAGAUUCAGGUUGUAUCAUGCUGGACGGAAUUGAUAUACAGAAAUUGCAGCUGAAGUGGCUGAGGCUGCAGAUGGGUCUGGUGAGCCAAGAACCAGUGUUAUUCAAUGACACCAUCCGAGCCAAUAUUGCUUACGGAAAGGAUGGAGAUGCAUCAGAAGUUGAGAUACUGGCUGCUUCCAAGUUGGCCAAUAUCCACAACUUCAUUAGUGGCUUACACCAGGGCUACAAUACAGUGGUUGGAGAAAGAGGGGUGCAAAUAUCAGGUGGACAAAAGCAAAGAGUAGCCAUCGCUAGAGCCAUUAUCAAAAGUCCUAAGAUUUUACUAUUAGAUGAGGCUACAAGUGCACUUGACGCUGAGGCAGAAAGAGUGGUCCAAGACGCAUUGGAUAGGCUGACAGUUAACCGGACUACAGUGGUGGUGGCUCAUCGGUUGUCAACCAUUAAGGGAGCGGAUGUUAUUGCAGUGGUCAAGAAUGGGCAAAUCGUUGAGAAGGGACAUCAUGAAAGUCUAAUAGAUAUUAAGGACGGGUUCUAUGCAUCUUUAGUUGCACUACACGUAACGUCUUCCUAUUAGCUAUGUCCAUGAACUACAAUUAGAUCAUGAGCAACCCGACUAGCAAAAAAUGUAGUUUCUUGAAUUGAAUCCAGUCCACAAAGUAAAGGAUCAAAAGUCUUUGUUUAUAAGAUCAAA